AUGAACAGCCUCCCUCGAAUACCAUUGCGAUCACUUCAAGCGAGCACCUCGCUAUGGGCAUGUACAUCAUGUCGCCGCUCUCUUGCCCGAGCGACGCAAUCGCCCCUUCGAGCCGAUCCCAGGCACACCCGUAGAGCUGUGUCGAAUAGCUCUGCGAGUAAGCAGCAACAGGCGAUGGCUCCCUCAAUGGAGCGCAUGCGGGCGUACUACAAGUACAAGAAUCGGACUACCAUGUUCUACACGCUCAGCAUCAUCCUCGGCACAGUCGCCUUUUCGUACGGCUCCGUGCCUAUGUAUAAGAUGAUCUGCCAGACAACAGGCUGGGGUGGGCAACCGAUCCGCGCCCCGGGACACGGUGGCAGCUCCAGCGACCAAGACUUCGACCCAGCUUCACGAGUCAUCCCAGUGACGGACGCGCGCCGUAUCCGCGUGACAUUCAAUGCGUCCGUGUCGGAUAUCCUGCCUUGGAAGUUUGUACCGCAGCAACGCGAGGUGCGGGUGCUACCCGGCGAGACGGCGCUGGCCUUCUAUACGGCAACGAACCGCAGCGACAGCGACAUCAUCGGCGUCGCUACGUACAGCGUCACACCCGCGCAGGUCGCACCGUAUUUCAGCAAGAUUCAGUGUUUCUGUUUUGAGGAGCAGCGCCUCAAUGCUGGCGAGACGGUUGAUAUGCCUGUGUUCUUCUACCUGGAUCCCGAUAUGCUGAACGAUUUGAAUAUGCGCGGCAUAAACGAGGUUACGUUGAGUUAUACGUUCUUCAAGGCGAAAUAUGACAACAAUGGGAACUUCAAGAGUUUUCCAGCGACAUAA